AUGGCUGACCACGACCAAGGCGCGGUGACUCUCUACAGCGGCACCGCCAUCACCGACGCCGCAAAGAAAAACCACCCCUUCUCCGUCAAAGUCGGCUUAGCUCAAGUCCUCCGCGGCGGCGCAAUCGUCGAAGUCACCUCCGUAAACCAAGCCAAGAUCGCCGAGUCCGCCGGCGCAUGCGCCGUCCUCAUCUCGGAUCCGCCACGAUCCUCCUCCGCCGCCGCCGGAGUACAACGCAUGCCGGAUCCAACCCUCGUCAAAGAAGUGAAACGCGCCGUCUCCGUCCCCGUGAUGGCACGCGCGCGCGUCGGCCACUUCGUCGAAGCUCAGAUCCUGGAGUCUCUCGCCGUUGACUACAUCGACGAGAGCGAGAUCAUAUCCGUGGCCGACGAAGAUAACUUCAUCAACAAGCAUAACUUCCGAUCUCCGUUUAUCUGCGGGUGUCGGGGCACAGGGGAGGCCCUGAGGAGGAUCAGAGAAGGAGCCGCGAUGAUUAGGAUCCAAGGAGAUGUUAACGGGACGGGGAACGUUGCGGAGACGGUUAGGAACGUGAGGAGAGUGAUGGGUGACGUUAGGGUUUUGAAUAACAUGGAUGACGAUGAGGUUUUCGCGUUUGCGAAGAAGUUGUCUGCGCCGUACGAUCUCGUGGCGCAGACGAAGCAGAUGGGGAGGGUUCCCGUUGUGCAGUUCGCGUCUGGUGGGGUCGUGACUCCUGCUGACGCGGCGUUGAUGAUGCAGUUGGGGUGUGAUGGGGUUUUUGUGGGGUGUGAGGUUUUUGAUGGGGUGGAUCCGUUUAAGAAGGUGAGGAGUAUUGUUCAGGCGGUUCAGCAUUAUAAUGAUCCUCAUGUGUUGGCUGAGAUGAGUUCUGGGUUGGAGAGUGCUAUGGAGAGUUUGAGUGUGAGUGGUGUCAGGAUUCAAGGAAGUGUUUGA